CUCGGCUUGUCCGUGCUCGUCAUCGCACCUCCCAUCCAACGCCGGGGCCACGUGCUGCCUUCUUCUGCGUCCUCUCCUCAUCCACACCUCUGCGUCGCCUCCGCCCUCUGCGUCUCCGUCCCUGGUCCGCCCGCUUCUCCUUUCUAGACUAGACUACCUGCCUCGGCGCGCCCUGCACAGCCUCGGCACCCUCUCCUCCUCAUCGUCUCUCCCCGAUGGCGCGCCCACUGCCGCGCGCCGUCGCAGCGCCGCCUGCGCCGGCAUUGCUGGCCCGGCAAGCCUUCCUACCUCCUCCGCCUCUCAACGCCUCUCGCACGUCGCGCAUCAGCGGCGAUGGCGAUGCCGACGACGAGGACUUCGCCGGCACCUCCACGGCGUCGGCCGCCAUUUCCUCAUACACCUCCAUGCCGCAAGUCGGCAACGCGACGUGGGAGAUGAUCGGUCGCACGCGCGGCACGCCCAUCUUCUCCGGCGAGCCGACGGCCGUGGGGCCACAGACCAACGUCUACAUCUUCGUCUACCCCGACAACUACAGCAGCGUCAUUUCGCCGGGCGCUAAGCCCUCGACUCGCGCGCUCCUCGCUGCAGCUGCAGUGCAGACGUCACUAGCGAGUGAGGCACUCAAUGCCACAUCCACCGCCUCGUUGGCGCCGACAGCCUCAAGCGAGGCGAGCGAGGCACAAAAUGGAGCAGCGCCAGUGCAGCACGGCAAGAAGGGCGCCGUCGCCGGCGCACUGAUCGGCAUGCUCCUGCUAGUCUUCGCCUGCGUAUCCGGCUUCUUCUACCUUCGCCGACGACGGAGGUGUCGCGCCAUGCGGGCAGAGCGAGACUACGGCGACGAGCGAGCCACGCCCAUGGCUGAGAAGCACGACGGCCUCUCCUCCGCAUCAUCACGCCGCUCGAUGCACCUCGCCUCGCGCCCCGAAUCCAUGCUUAGCUUCGCCUCGCGCAGCAGCCUACAGCGUGCGCCUCUUUCGCCUGCGCGCAACCCCUUCGACGAUCCGAACGGCGCCGAUCCCUUCGGCGACGGCGAUUCCUUCCUCCGCUCGCCAUCCAUGCUCAGUCUGGCGCAGAGUCAAGAUUCGAGCUACGCGCCAAGCAUGACUACGAUGUCUUCCAACUCGCGGCCCAUUCGCUCUGAGGGGCCUUACCCACUGCCACCACGCACGCCACUGGCUCCGCGCUCGCACCGGCGGCCCAUUGAUCCGCGUGUCCACACCGACCUGCUCGACGCACACGGCGAGCGAGACGUCGACUAUGCGCGCGCCAGCUUCUCCACCGACGUGUCUCGCGCGAUGUGGAUGGCCAGCCAAAGUGGCGCUUCAUCCAGCCGCGGCAGUCUUCGCACUUCGGCGUCAAUGCGAGACGUGGCGGACGAAGCAGAUGCAAGCAGCGCAGCCAGCUUCGUGCGCUCCCGCCCGACUAGCUGGCGCAGUCUCAGCACAAACGACGAGGCGGAGAUGUGGCAACAGCGCGCUGCGGCUGCCGCUAAGCGUGCCUCUUCGCACGCCGAGAGCAUCCGUAGUGCCUCUUCCGCUGGGCUGCCGCACUCAACAAGCCGACCGCGACUAGCCAUCAACACCUCAUCGCAGAGCAUCCCUUUCGUCGAUCCUUUCUCUGACGACGCGCCAGGCUCGUCAAGCAGCAGUCAAGAACGCACACUGACGGCGCCGCACGUCAAGAAGGUCGAUGAGAGCACGGUCGAUGCGUCGCGCCAGCCGCCGAUGCUGCAGGUCAUCGCGCCUACGCCGUCGACUCACACACACUCGGCGGUCGAUGGCGGCGAGGAGACGCUGCCGCGCUACUCUGCCUGGCGCUGAGGCGCCGUACGUGCGCCGUGCCGCCGCCUCGUCGCUCCGGCUACUUCCAGACGUUGAUCACCUCCAUGCGCGCGGAUGAGCACGCCCGCACGAUCUGGCCCGUGGAGACGAAGAGCCUCGUUCUCGACAUCGAGCCCGGGCGCUGGUGGCAACGACUUUGCCAUCACACACCGAGCUCGAGGUCGAGACGGCAGUUCUCCGUCGCUUCGGUGCAGACCGUACGGCCA